UGUAAAAUUAUAAAAUUAGAAAUUGUGAUAUUUUUUAAAGGAAUAAAAUGCAGAGAAAAAAAUACGAAUAAAUGGCCGAAGUAAGAUUUUUUUACUAACUUUUUUUUCAACUUGCAGGCAUCGCAAUGGCUCGAUUGAUUCGAAGCGAUAUUAGACACAUAUCUGAUACGGCUAAUAACGCGGACUCGUUCCGAGUAUUAAGGGGCCGUGUGAGUGUUUUAAAGAUAGCUCCGGAUGCACGAUUGAUGCCGUACUCAGGAUUGCACGAUUGAUGCCAUACCUGGAGCUAGCCGGAUUUGGGUCAGUAGCAUUGAUCCGGUCCUCCGACUUGCACUUUGAUUUAUUAUCUGCGCUAGUGGAGCGGUGGCGUCUGGAGACCCACACUUUCCAUUUUUCGUGCGGGGAGUGCACGGUGACCUUGGAGGAUGUUGCAGUGCAGCUUGGGCUCCCAAUUGACGGGAGUCCCAUAACGGGAGUAUCUUCAUUCACCGAUCCGGCUGCACUUUGCUAUCAACUCCUAGGAGAGUCACCAAAGGACGGUGAUAAAUAUUUUUCCGGCAUAAAAUUUACAUGGCUAAAAGCCAAAAUUGGACAAUUAUCAGCGACCGCCACUGAAGGUAAGUUGAUGUGCGCUGUUCGAGCAUACAUCAUGCAUAUGAUAGGGGCAGUACUCAUGCCUGAUGCAAACAGCGACAGUGUGCAUUUGUCGUACUUGCCCCUGCUAGCUGAUUUGUCCACUGCUAGGUCGUAUAGCUGGGGUUCCGCCGUUCUAGCAACGCUGUACCGGGAGCUUUGUCGGGUGACAGAGCCGCAUGUUAAAGACAUCGGCGGAUGCCUCAUAUUGUUGCAGUCCUGGGCGCUUUAUCGCAUGCCGUUUUUGCCACGCAUUAGUCACUAA